GGUUGUUGCCGUAGCAUUUUCCGACCGUGGCGUGCUGAGCGAUAGUGGUAGCUUGUUCCUUGCGUUCGAGGACCAGGCAACUAGGAAUCGUGUAGCUCAAGCGGUCGAAAAGAUUAUCACCCAUCACAAUCCAAGCUCCGGUUCUGCAUCUGGCACGAAGGGUGGGAGUCAUAGAAUAACAGGCAAUUAUACCAAUGGUACAACCAGCACGACUACUUCUGGUGGACUUUCUGCAACUGGAGGUACAUCCUCAAGUACGAACAAUUUUACCAGAGCAGGUGGAGGUGGGAGCUCUUCCGCUACUCCCGGCUUUUCUACUUUCGGAGGAAGUUCAGGUUCUUCAUCACGUGGAAGUUCAGAGCAAUCCAUAUCCUCGAAAACGGAGGUUCAGCGCAUGACCAACCUCUGGCAGUCAGGAAAAUUAUCCAAUUUCCACUACUUGGACUUCCUGAAUUGCGCAGGAGGACGAAGUGUUAACGACUUCAGCCAGUACCCUAUUUUCCCUUGGGUACUUCAAGAUUUCCAGUCCCUGAAAUUAGACCUCGGCAACACUUCUGGUACAGCCGAUUCUGAGGAAAAUGACG